UUUUGAGUUGCUGUGAGGCACCUAUCUUCCUCAUGGUGAAGCAGGCCUCACAGCAGUAGCUGCAAUAAGCUGCUCGUCUCUAUGGCAACGUUAACAAACUUGCCGCCGCUGUUAGCCAGUGAGCUAACGUAGGGGGACAGCUCUGAAAUGGACCCUUUACCAGCUUCGUAUUAUGGAAAAUUAGACAAAUCCAACCCAGUCAUAUCCUCUUUUGAGAAGGAUUUAAAAGAGUUCAAAUUACACAUGAAGAGAGUUCGUGACUCACCAAGCUUCGACCACUCGUCUUUUUCUAGAGGGUCCAUGAAACUUUUUGAUAUAUGGAAAAAAUACGAACCUCGUCUUCCCACUCCUUAUUUUCAUGAACGCUUGCUGCAAAUCGCAGAUUUCCUUUUUGCGAGUAAAUUUUUCAGGCUGGCGCAGUGGCAGGGCUACAGGCGCUAUCUGCACCACUUCUGCACUUCUGGCUUGGAGAGCAUCAAAGAUGUGGAACAGUUCAAGCAGUCAUUCUUUCCAGAGGGCUUUGUUACUGAAGGAGCAAAGCUUAUGUUCCAUGCUCUGCAGGGAGAGUGUCUGUGCACCUUCCACCUGGAGCGGGAGAGAUCCAAGCGGCCAGAUCCGAGUGGGCUACAGAAGCUGCUGGAGAUUUUGACGUUUUUGCGCAUCAUGAUGCAAGCCAUUUUGCCUCAUGAGAGCUUGUGCUGGUUACUAUAUAAUGGUUCUUUGCACAUAUACAACAUAUGUAGGUUCCUGAUGUCCGUGAGCCAUGCUGCGCAGGCUUUAGAGUACCUGCUGUGGGCUUGUGUGUGUCUGGAGACAUCUGUUCCACUGUUGAUGCCCAGGUUUUUGCCCUGGAGGGCCACACUCUACUGUGCUGUGUGUGAAUGUUAUUAUGAUGGCCAGGCUGCGGUUCAGGCAGAGGUUUUUGCUAGAAGAGCUCUUGGUAAAGUAAGUGAACUGGGAAAGCUUGAGGAGCUGAGUGGCUCACCUUCAUCAGCUGAGACACAGCGAGCCUUCAAAGAAGCCACCAUCAAACUUGCAGUGAUGGUAUUUAAACGCUCAGUGUAUGAACCGAGGAAGAAACCCAAAGGACUUUUCAGACCUAAACAGAAGAGCAGUCUCAAGGAAGGUCACAAUAUUCCAUGGCCUCGGACGCUGACUGAGCAGAUCUUAAUGGAGCUGUUUGAGGGGAAUGCUGCUCAGUUCCUGGCAGUGCUGGAGGGGCUGUGGGACAGUUCCUGCAGACCUCUGCACACAGGCAUGUCUGACGAACCUGAGAUCCAGGAGGUGGCACUGGAACUCAUAUCUGCCGGCAUCAGCAUACUGUCCGGAAACGGAGGCUCCUCAUAUCGAAUUUACAAUGAGAGCCUGCCUCCCUCUUUAAAUGCCAUCACAUCUACUUUCACACUCAUGGAAAUGGCAACAGCUGGGAAGAAUCAGAUCCCUGUGGAAUCUGCUGUGAAGUUUGUGAAGCUGCUGUUCAGAUAUGAACAGUGGGACGCGUUUCGCAGCCUUACAGACAACCUUAUGGCAGUAUUGUCUAACCUGGAGGGCCAUUUCUUCCGGAAAGCUGAGUUGGAGCUCACUCUGCUGGAAGCCUUAGAGCACCUUUUAUUGACUCAUAAAGUCCGAUUGGGUAACAAGGAUCCUGUCAUGACUGAGGCUUUAAAUGAUAAAGACAAGAGUGUGGGUCAGGUAACCAUGACAGAUGAGCUCCUGAAUCUGGUCCUGACUCUACAUGCAUGUGUCUGUGAAUCAGCCCAGGACAUACAGGUGGAUGGGGACAUGGUCCUGGAUAUUGUGCUGUUCCUCUGGGCUAAAUGUAAGGUUGUGUUUCAGAGAGCUCAAGCAAGACACUAUGACCAAGUACAUUACCUGGGAAAGACAGAGAACCAAGACAAGUGGGUACAGACUCUGUUCCUACUGUGUGAGGUGGCUCAAGUCUGCCAACUUGCAGAAAUGGACCCAGUGAUGGUGGCUGAGAUGACUCUUAGGCUGGCCAUGGUACUGGAGAGCAGUGCAGACUCUCCUCCACAGUCUGGUAUAAAAACAGCCUCAACUGAAUACAGCAGUCUGCAGUCCACCCCUGUGGAGAAACAAAUAACAUUCAUGAGGUCCCAGGAAGAGGUGCUGAAGAUGGCGUGUGGUGUUUUGGAGAGAGGCCUGGAGUGUCUGUCAAGAGGCAGGGCUGCAUCUCUCCCCUGUAAUGCCUCAGCCAUUUCUGACACUGUGUUCUUGCAGAAAUGUGGUGACGCUCCUCAGAGUGGACAGCCAGAGAGCACCAGCAUUUCAUCAGUCAGUGCUCUCUCCAUGGACCUACAUGUUGAACUGCUGGCUUUCCAUCACAGAGUGUUUCUUAAACUUCUAGAUACCUUCCCAGAUGAUGAGAAUGUUGAGGGAAUAAAGAAGUCAGUGGUGCAGCCCUCUGAAGCACAUUCAAAGAGAUCCAAAACAGAGAGUGUGCUGCUGGAGAAGAUCAAAAAGAACAAAGUCUCCAAAGCUCUUUUCCUGAUACAGAAGGCAUUACUUUCCUACAGGAAGGACCCCACUAGCAGAAGUACCAAAAAGCUACUUGAAGAGGCUGUCGUGUUAAUGGAGAAAGCUAAAACUGAAGAGAAGAGAAUAGCUGGUGCUUCUUCUCCUGCAGAGGUGGUAUCAGGAAGAGAAGAUGGCAGUCCUCCUCCUCCACCUCCUGUCCUGCUCUCUUGUACUGACUGGUCUAUGACCUUCACCCCAGCAGUGUAUACUCUAGAGGAGAAGGUUUGCUGGUACCGUAUUUAUGGUAGAGAAGUGGAGGGUCGUAAUUAUAAAGUGCGGAUUGGAGACGGCCACCUUCCUGGCACAGGCGAUACAGUUCCUUCUAGAGGUCAACCUCUGUUCCAUAUAAGUGGGCUGGAGACCAAUCAGAAGUACAUAUUUGCUGUUGCUGCCUACGAUGCUAAAGGUAACCUAGUUGGCAACACCAUUGGAGAAACCACCAGACCUCUCCUAGCAUCUCUGCCUUUGCCACUGUUGUCAACCUGGGCCCACCUGGCUCAAGUGGCGUACCGAACAGGUCAACAUACGCUAGCUAAGAAAGCCUGCAGUGUGAUUUGGAGUCACUUUAUGCUUCCCUCAGCCUCUCAGGAACCUAUUGAUGACAAAGAACCUGAAGGGCUUGCUCAGACAAGGCUGCACCCCGAGGUCCUGAAGCUGUCCUCUCCUCUUAUGCAGCAGUUUUUUCUCUCUUCCAUAUUCAUUCAGACAGACAUCCACAUCCAGGAGAGGGCACUAUAUUGUGACACCCUCUGGGAUGAAAGCAUCUUGAUCUGGGGACAGGAAGCCAGACUUGCAGAAUGUGAGAGGAUGCUGGUGGCCAUAGAUUUGGCUCUACAUCUCAAUGAUGGCAGUGCCGCUCUGCAGGCAAUAGUGAGCUGCUAUGGCCUCCUGGCACCUCUUGUCUACUAUCAGAUCCCAUCAGAUCCUGUGAUUCAGGUGUUGUUAAAAUGUCUUAUGGUGCUGCAGGAAAUCCCAGCAGUACUUAAGCAGAAACGGCCAGCUGCUACUACUGAAUCACUGCACCAUAUGGUGGCCUGCAUCACAUACUAUGUAGCUAAGGGCUUGCGAGCCUUCAAGGAGUAUGGUAUGGCAUCAUCAGUGAUUGAACAGGGCAAGAAACUCCUACAGGAAAUCUUUGAGAACCCUCAUCAGCCCCCUAGCAGGCCUGCACAAGUCGAGCACGAAGGAGGGGAGAAACUCCAGAAGAAGGCAGUGCUUGUUCGUGAGGAGGAGCUUUGUGAGCAGCUGAAGUCGUUGGAGAAUAGUGCCUUGAAGCACAAGAAUGCAGAAGUAUUUGGGAACUGUGAUGUCAUAACCUGGAACAGAGAAGGUUCUCCUGAUCCCGAUCUUACUGGUUAUGAAGACCCUGUGGUGCUUCAUAUGGUUAUUUGUUGCAGCCCUCUCAGAAAUGCCUUCAAAGAAGUGAUGAAGUUUAAGCACAAGUCUUGCUUCAUUGAGUUUGCUGUGUUCCUGCUGCAAAGGGCCUUGCAGGAGGAUCAGCUGGAGCUGCUGCCACAGUGGGGACAGGAAAUCUUCAGCUGGAUAAGCAGACGAGAUGAAGGUUUGAUAGUCCUGAAGAAGCCUCAAGAAAAAAUGAGGAAAGAUCUGAAGAAAUUCACAUCAUCUGUCAUAGAAUACAGCAAUAAAAAACAGAAGGCCAGCAGUUUUCAAAGUGAUAAACAAAAGAAAGUCUUGAAAAAGUUGUCUGGACCAGGAACCCACACCUCUGAGAACAUGUGGCGUGGCAGAGAUGGAAAGGCAUUGGAGACCCUCCUGAAGCUGCUGACUCCACUGGUCCGGCGGCACCAGCGGCGGAGGAGGCUGAGAAAGGUGUGCUCAGAUGAGUGGCCAUGGCGCUGCCACAUCAACCUGACCCUGGCCCAAGCCUACAUGGGUCUGCUGAAGAAGAGCCGGGAGCCCCAAGCUGGAGCUCUCCAACGCUGUUACAGCAAAAUGUCUCCUCUACUAUUCUCGCUGGCACAUACUGGAACACUGGUGAAAUGGAAGCACAUUCCUCCUGAAUUGAGCCAGUCAACCCUCAAAGCCAUACCUCAGCCCAAAAAAGACCCCGUCCACAAAGCCAAAGACAGUCAGGGAGCAACAAACAUUGUUGGAGAGGAGACUGGGGACAGUGAAGUGGACAGUGAGUUAGACUCGCCACGCACACAGAUGACCAAUGACUCAGACAGCAGCGAGCCGGUUGUACCAACAACACUGACCCAGUGCAUCGUCUCUCAGCCACUGGACACACUGGUCAAGGCCUUAGUUCACCUCAGGAGAGCUAUGGUGCUGGCUCAUCGUGGACAUCUCUGGACAUCUCUGCAGUGGGUGUGCAGGAUUUUGUGGGAUGAGUUCAGCACCAUGGUGUUGCUGGUGGAACGUGAUGCCCCAAGCAAACUGACUCUGGAUCAGUUUUGCACAGUAUUCACACCCCUGCUAGUGUUGGCCUCAGACCUGCUCAUGGACAUGAUGCAGAGGCUACAGCAGUGGAAGGUGUACGAUGGGGAAGGUGAACAGCUGGAGGCCAGGCCACUGAAUGAUGGGGCAUUGUUGGACCUACGCUGGCUGAGGAACCUGGUGCUGCACACCCUGGAACUCCUUUACCACCAGGCCAAGUGGGAAACUCUUGCCAACCUUGCUUUGGUCUACAACUCCUAUACUCGGGAGCACUACACUCAUAUGAUAACCCCUGUAUUGGUACAUGCUCAGAGGAGACUACUGGAAAGAAUUACCUAUUAUGGAGGACCUCCAGUUCCUCAACCUCACUUCAUUCACACAGAAACAGCUACUGGAGAGAAGAUUUCCUGUAGAAACUAUGCAGGCAAACAACUGUUCUUAAAUUCGACCUCUAGUGCAGAAGGUCAGCAUAAAGGCACAGAAAGCACUGGAGUCUCAGAGCCUCUGGAACUGGCAGAGGUGAGAAGAGCCAUGUGUGUGGUGUGUGUGCCGCUGGACAUUGAAGACACACUGUGCUGUUUCAGAGAGACUCUGGCCAAAAGCUGUUACACGCUACUCACAUUUCAGCACAGUCGUACACUGCUUAAGCUUCUGCUGGCUGGCACACAGGAUUCAUUGGAGGUGUCGUUCUGUAAGGAGUUACGCAGGGGCAGAGUGGAGUUCAACAUAGCAGCCACCACUGCACCUUCCAUUGGCCCUCCAGACCUGACCAAUGAAGACUACAGCACUGUGGGUUCUGUGUACAGCUCCCCGCUGCCUCUCUCCCACAUCCAGACUGUAAUCUCUUCGUACAACAGCUCCAUCAAAUACCUUCAGGCAAAUAAAUAUACCUCACUGCAGGUUCAAGCCCUGCAUGACCUUGGGAAUCUGCAUUUCUGCAAUGGGAAUCGAAAGGCUGCUCACUCACACUGGAGCAAGGCUCUGGACUGUGCCCUGCAGACUACCGGGGUGCUGGAAUCAUGGGAUGCAGAAUCAUGGGCCAGCAGCUCUUCUCAGCAGCCCCUGGCACAUGCUGGGAUAUGGGGCUGUCUCCAGGGAGCUUUGCUGUCAGCCAAAAUUGCUCAGUAUAUUCUAACAUCUAACAUCAGCCAGCAUACGAAAUGCUGUCUUCUUUCUGCCAAACUGUUCAAGUGCCUGCUAAAGGCAUCCCUGCCACAUCCUGAUAAUGAUCUGGAGUACUCUUCUUACUCGAUAAAGAUGGAACUUAUCCCUGGAGCAGAUCUGUUCUCUGAGCCAGAAUGGGACAUUGCUGCCAGUGCUGUGGCCAGCUUGGGUUUCUUAUGCCGCUCACUCUAUGCCUCAGGGCAUCAGCUAAUGAUUCUUCCUUUGCUGGCUCUUUACCAAUAUAUAGCCACCAACGUUUGUCAAGACCCGCACCUCACUGUAGGCUGCAGAAUACUAAAGGUGAAGGUGUUGACGGAGCUGGGCCUGUUUGCAGAGGCAGUAACAGAGACAUACAGUCUCAUUUUAGGAGAGGAAGUCCCUUUGUUUCACAGGAGCUACACUGGAGCAGAGAAGGCUUGGGCACAGAAGAAAUUUACUAAUUAUAAACCCGUCAUGGAUCCUUCAAAUCUCGAGGCUCUGGAGGAGGUGGUGAACAGGAGGCCCAGUGGAGAAAUCAUGGCACUGUAUGGCAAUAGUCUGACCUGUCAUCUUCUUCUGGCCAGAAUUCAACUAAUCGUGGUCAUAUGUAACACUAUUUAUGACCUACCUGAGCCACUUUCACCAGAGGUAUUAGAGUCUCAGGUGGGAUGCUGUGUGGCUAGUUCUUCUGGCCUGCCCGGCAAGGAGUCUCCCUGCAGAAGCCCCACCACGAACAGCAAGGAGGCCCAAGGCCUGCAGCUGGAUCCCCAGAAAGACAAGCUUACUCUGGGCCAAGUCAAGGCUCUGAUGCUGAGAGAGGCCUCUAGCCAGUUAAACUCUCAGCUGUUUGCCCUUCAGAACAUCCAUACAGGCCCUGAGGAACUGGAGCUGGCUGUGGAGACUAGACUUUUGCUGUCCAGCCUCAGUCUGCAGCAGGGCAAAACUGCCCACAGUGCCAAUCUGACUGCAUCUGCUCUGAGACUGCUGCAGAAUUCUCCUCUGUUUCAAGACGAGAAUCCCCCUCAUUUGCACCCCAGAACUCCAUCCUCUGCACUUAGACAAUCCAGUGCCAAAGCCAAUCUUCAGCAGAGAGCACUGCAGGAGUCUGAUGGUGCUCCUUGCCCCCAGCUGUUGGACAUGGUGGCUGGAGUGGAGGCCACAGAGCGCAUGGGCCGCUCCCUAUGGCUGCGGUGCAGACUGACUGUGGUCCAGAGCCUCACAGCUCAUGUCCCUGGGACCGCUAUAUACCCAGGUGUGGACAGCAGUGUGGAGGCAGCCAGGCUGCUGAAAGAAGGUCUUGUUGAGGCCGAGGCCUGGGGAGACCCAGACACCCAGGCUUUGCUGCUUCUGCAGGAAGCUAAGAUGAACACCCAUUGCGGAAGACCUCCAGAAGAAAGCACCUCCAUUCUGCAGGAGGCAGUAAGUCUUCUCUCUGGCCGCAGUGCUCUGUCUCUGCGGUCUGGUCUGGCCCUUGCUAAGGCCACAUUGCUUUUGAGUGACCUCAGAGGCUCAGGCAGCCAGCCACUCUGCUUGCUCACUCAGAAACUACUACAGCAGCAGCUGUGUACUCUGGGGGAGCAUGUAGUGCUGAAAGCAGGAGGAGGGCUAGAACUCUGUUCUACUAAAGGUUUGAAGAAUAUCUACCACCCACAGCUCCCUCUGCUGGCCAGAACAACCAUGCACUUGGGUCACUAUUUGGCAGCGCAGGCUAUGAUGAGGUCUUCCGAGGAGGAUGAAGACCCCUCAAAGCCCUGGCUCGCAGCUCAGGAAGUGCUGCAGUCUGCACUCAUCAUUUCCCAGGCCUCUGCCUGCAGGGACCACCAGCUGGAGGCUGAUAUCCUAUGUUGCAAAGGAAUGGUGGAAAGAAACCUGAUGUCACUGAGUGCAUUCCAGCACCAGGCAGUGGUAGAGACCUUCCUGGAGAGCAUCACUAUCACCCUUUCUCACAACCACAAUCUGCAGUUAAUUCACAGGUGUUACAUGGAGAUGGCUCUAAUAUAUCUGCAACAAUGGCAGAAGGAUGCUGCUCUUGCCAAACCUGCUCCCCCUCCAGCACCUACUAAAUCAGACAACAAGCCCCAAGCUGGAAAACGUGCCAUGUCUACCCUUAAUAAAAACUUGACUGUGAGUGAGAGUCACAUACUUCUCUUUUGGGUUUGUUUGAGAGCUGCCACAAAGAUAAUGGAGGCUAUUACCAGUUGUAGCCAAUUGUGUGGCUUCACUGGUUCCAUAGGAGACCAGCUUCCUCUUACAUCACUCGAAGCUCUCCCUGAGUUUGCUGCCAAUGAUCUACUUCAUCCUUGUGGGGGUAUGGAGGAUCCCCUCCGAUGUCGGCCCGAUUCAGGUCCAGACAUGGAUAGUGAACUGAGCAGCAGAAAGGAUCUCACCUGGGUGCAUUUGUCACGCUACUACACACACCUGCUCAACCUGAGACACAUCUCCACUCGAACAGUGGCAGAAAAGUGUGUGGAGGGGUUGAUAUCUGCAGCUGGUGACCCCAGUCUAUGUCUCAAACUUGCUCAGCUACACAAUUUCUUCAGCUGUCACCUGGAAGCUUACAGAGAACUGUGUGUUGUAGCUGACCCUCCAGCUGCCCUCAUUCUAGAGCCUCAUGUUAUGCAGUUGCCCAACACUGUGAAGAUGUCUGUUUGUCAGCCCAAGCAGCCAGUGUCAGACUUGUAUCCCUGGGCUACAGUGGACUCGCAGCAGUUAUGCAUCCAGUGGUAUCGGCCCACACUGCAACUCAGUGGACUGACACACAACACAACUGUGCUUAUUUUUGCACUGAAUAAAGCUCCGCUCUCUGCCAUGCAUCCCAACAGAGUGGCCGUCGCUGAGUUAGAGGCUGGACAGCGGCUCAUCUCUACAGACAGGCUGAAAGCUCUUCAUGAACAGCUGAUCUCAGUGUGUGUGGAUGCCAAAUUCGAUUCGACUCCAUCCGCUUCACCUGCUCCCAGCUCGACUCCCUCCAUCAGCUCCAAGCAAGAGAGUCAGCGCAGCAGCAAAAGCUCUAAUAAACUUGACACAUCCAGCUAUCAGCAACAGAUGCUGCUGGAGAAGACCAAGCUUAUUUGUACGGAGAUAAGAAAUCUGCUGAGGCCGGAUUUAAAAUCAGAUUCUGUCACAGAGGUACCCUUUGUGCCCAGUGUAAAGACAGUGUGUGACUUGGAGCGAUGCUUUAACCCUGCAACAGGAGCCACUCUGGUGGACAAAGCUCUGAGUGACUGGCUCUUCUCCCUUCUCACAUAACACAACAGCCAAAACACACCAAAUAGCCAGCACAGUUUGGUAAUUUAACAGUUCAAUCACACCUCAUUCAAGUCAUUUGUUAAUUGCCAGGUUUAGUAUGCAUUUAGGAUGUGUUUAAGCACCAAAUUAUGCUGGACACAGACCCUUCAGGACUGGAAUUGGCUACCCCUGCUACAAGCCAUAAAAAAUAAAAUCCUGCUUCUAGUUCCAAAUAAAGAGAAAAACAUU